AUAUAAAUAAAGUACACGCACAGAGCAUCAACCCUCUUCACUCUCAGGUCGCUCCGUACCCUUGUUGUUUCACCGCACGAACUCACUUUGCAUUCAGGAGCGUUCCAGAGACAGUUAACUCUUCAAUCAUGUUGGUUUACCAGGAUCUCCUUACCGGUGAUGAGCUUUUGUCAGACUCUUACCCAUACAAGGAAAUUGAGAAUGGAAUGUUGUGGGAGGUUGAGGGAAAGUGGGUUGUUAAGGGAGUUGUUGAAGUAGACAUUGGUGCUAACGCUUCAGCUGAAGGUGGAGAAGAUGAGGGUGUUGAUGACUCAGCUGUCAAGGUUGUCGACAUUGUUGACGUAUUCAGACUUCAGGAACAACCAUCUUUUGACAAGAAGCAGUUUCUUGGCUUUGUUAAGAGGUAUAUUAAGUUGCUGACACCCAAACUAGAUGCAGAGAAACAAGAGCUAUUUAAAAAGCACAUUGAGGGAGCAACCAAAUACCUGCUCGGCAAGCUCAAGGACCUUCAAUUCUUUGUUGGUGAGAGCAUGCAUGAUGAUGGUAGCUUGGUUUUCGCCUACUACAAGGAUGGUGCUGCUGAUCCAACGUUUCUCUACUUCGCUUAUGCUUUGAAGGAAAUCAAGUGUUAAGUGUUGUACUACUCUAGUUUUUCUGCCCUAAUUUAUCAUGUUUUUGUUCUACAUUGUGUUCUAAGUUACUCGAGAGUUGAGACUAUGAUUUGGUAUUUUUGAUAAUGAUGUGAUAAUUUGCACUUAUUUAUCAUUCCUAUUAAAUUUAAUGAUUCCGGAUAUAGAAUUCAUAAACAUGAUAAUAUGAUUUUUCUUGUGUUUCAUAAGGAAUGUCAGUUGUCAGGUUUGAAGA